UUCACGUUAUCUCUCUACUCCGCCCCUGAGCUAACUAAAUAGAGCCUAUGAAUAAUUAAUUUGUAGUAUUGCUCCGCCCCUAUCCAUUUGUCAGCUCGGGCUGACUAGGAAGUCGAAGCUGCAGAUGUCCUUUUGGUGUCCUAUAGCCGGCAAGAAAAGGCUAAGGGAUUGUUGGAAAACGGUACUGUUUCGGGCCUGGAGGCACUGGACACAGAAUCUGCAAACGAUCUUGCUUUCAAACCGCAUCCUUCAGUUCACCCACACCAAGGAUCCUAGGCAUCUCAGGUCUUGUGUGGCAGAAUUGCUUUGAGCAUUAGGGUAGCAUGUUGGCAUCUGUUGCAAGCCACAAGGGCAGAGCUACCUGACGUAAGGAAAAGCUGCAAGACAGGACCUCAUAAAGAAGAAAAGAAGAGGAGGCUUGGAUCACAGCUUAAUAAGAUUAGCAAUAAAAUAUGAAUACCCGGGACCGGCGUACAGAUUUUUAUAUUAAAGCAGAACCAGCAAGUCCAGAGAGUAUAAAUCAUCACAGUCCCAGUGGAUCUUCAGAUACAAGUGGAAGUGGGCCUGGUCAAGAAAGAGACUCACCGCCUCUCCAUCUGUCGUCUGGUAUCCCUCGUCGGCAUUAUGAAGAUGAGCAGGAGGACCCACAAGGCAAAUGCAAGUACAUGCUGAACUCCCUUCCUAAACGGCUUUGUUUGGUCUGUGGCGAUAUUGCAUCUGGUUACCACUAUGGUGUAGCUUCAUGCGAAGCUUGCAAGGCAUUCUUCAAAAGGACAAUUCAAGGUAACAUUGAGUACAGCUGUCCAGCUACAAAUGAGUGUGAGAUUACCAAAAGAAGAAGGAAAGCGUGCCAGGCAUGCCGCUUCAUGAAGUGUCUGAAAGUAGGAAUGUUAAAAGAAGGAGUACGUCUUGACAGAGUACGAGGGGGACGACAGAAGUACAAACGAAGGCCAGAGGUGGAAAAUAUGCAAUACCAAAAUCCAUAUCCAAACCCACAACCACUUCAGUCUGUAAGGAAACCAGCUCCAGUCAAUACCAUCAUCUCACACUUAAUGGUGGCAGAACCUGAGAAACUGUAUGCCAUGCCAGACCCAACAGUGCCUGAUAGUUACGUAAAGGCCAUGACAACACUUUGUGACCUUGCUGACCGGGAGCUGGUUGUCAUUAUCAGCUGGGCCAAAAACAUUCCAGGUUUCUCCUCUCUUUCCCUGUCCGACCAGAUGAGUAUUCUGCAGAGUGUGUGGAUGGAGAUCCUGAUCCUGGGAGUGGCGUAUCGCUCACUUGCAUUUGACGAUGAAAUUGUUUAUGCCCAGGACUACAUCAUGGAUGAGGAGUUUUCAAGAACAGCUGGUAUGCUGGAUCUGAAUGGCUGUAUACUGCAGCUGGUGAGGAAGUACAAGAGUAUGAAGCUGGAAAAAGAGGAGUUUGUGAUAUUGAAAGCACUGGCCCUUGCAAACUCAGACUCUGUCCACAUUGAAGAUGUUGAAGCUGUUCAGAAGCUACAGGAUGUUCUCCAUGAGGCUUUGAUAGAUUUUGAAUCAAGCAAGCAACCAGAAGAGCCUCGUCGGGCUGGCAAGUUACUGAUGACCCUUCCUCUACUGCGUCAGACAGCUAACAAAGUUUUGCACCAUUUCUAUAAUAUCAAAUUGGAGGGCAAAGUCCCCAUGCACAAACUCUUCUUGGAAAUGCUAGAGGCCAUGAUGGACUGAUAAUCAGAUAAUCAGAAGCUGCAACAGCCGAGGACACAAGUGGUGCAUAUGGGCUGAUGAAGGAACUUUUAACUGACCUAUAAGUAAUAAUUGAAAUGUUAAUAUUAUUAGCCCAGCACUGGAAGCCAUAUUUAAAUAGCGUUAUAUGUGGAACGAUUACAGAUGGACUCCCUUAGUUUCUGGGAGCAGUAAUGGAUUCUUGGGCCUUACAUUGCAAGCCAUGUUGGAUUUAUUGAAUGUCUACUCAGAGGGUAACUUCAGGCCAAACAGUGGAAGCCAUUCAGAUUUUUUUAAAUAUUUGCCAUGACUAGUCAAUACACUGUUUGUUGUUUGUUUGUUUUUUUUUUUUGUUUUUUAUUUUUUUUUAACAAAAGGGGAUUUAGUUUUUUUGUGGAUAUUAUGGCCUGGAAGGUAGGUGUCUGCCAUUCGUCAGCUGCAGGCUGCAGUUUGUGUUUUUUAUAUAUAAAUACCCACAUACGUGUGU